UUGCUUUGUAACAAUGGUAGCAAAACAAAAGUCAAUUUCCUUUUCGCAUAGCCUCAGCAGGAAAGUAGCAGGUUUAUCGUUGAAUAUAUCACCGCCGUUUAACGGGCUAGCAACUAUUUUCAUUUAUAUCGCCGAAACGAUAUGUGUUUCCGAACGGAUGUUCUGCUAACGAUAAUAAUAGUUCCUCUAUGACUUGUGGCCGCUUUGUCUAACACUACCUGCUGUCCGCUUGCAACCAUGUGGAAUGUCAUAUUUAUGGAACUUUUAUUACUGUUGCAGCUAUCAUAUUCACAAGAUGAUACGCGUUCGGGAUCACUGUCGGCUUUCGAAGCGCUAGACGAUUUGCGCACCCAAGCAAUGAGUGGUCACACGUCGACUAUUGACGAUAUUCGGCGAGUUAUGUCCACAGCACAACCCGGUGCAACGUAUCCAACCUUGUCGGUUAUUCCCGAGACUUCUUUUUCCUGUGAUCAGGUGAACCAGUCUGGCUACUAUGCGGACCCGGAAACGGGCUGUCAAGCCUACCGCCAAUGCUUAUCGGGCGCACCCAUGUAUUCGUUUUUGUGCCCGAACAAGACGUUAUUCAAUCAAAUCACAUUGGUCUGCGACUGGUGGUACAAUGUAAACUGUGAUAAAUCUAUUUCAUAUUAUUCGUAUUCAAACCCGCGAUUAUACCAAGAGCACGUACUGUUCCUAUACGACAAUGGUACUUCCGCACAUGAUCGGUCAAACGCUGUUGGUCUCUCCAGCCCACUAGAUGGUUCAACGGAUGCCGAAAGCUCUACUUCCUCUCCCGAUGAUGGACCGACUACGGAAGGCGGUGCCGACGAGAGCAGCGCCAAUCCAGAAAGCACAACGGAAGUUCCCGCUGACACCGAAACUACGGAAAGUGGUGCAACCGGACAGGAAGAAAAUACCACAGACAACCAAGAAACCACUACAGAAAACGAUUUGAGUGAGUCAACUACAGAAUUUUCAACGGCUUCUCCAGACGCCGAAGCUACGACCAGCGACGGAGUUGAUGUUACAACCGAAGGGAUUUUAUUUGAUUCGGGUUCAUCUAAUUCUUCUAUGUCGUCUGGUGACGAAAGCAGCACGGAGAGCUCCAGCGAAGUCUCAACCGUUGCAAACGAAGAAUCCACUACCGAAGCCGAGAGUACUACGGAGCAACCCGGUAGCAUAAGCACCGAACCGCCGGAAGCUGCCACCGAAGGAGCAGAGGUGACGACAGUGACACCAAGCGAAGAGGUAACAACAAUGGCUGAGCCGGAUAUGAUCGAAGGUGCGAAUAUCACCGGCAGCGAUAAUUCAUCGUUUUCGGGAGUUGACAUUGCAGGAACCGUCGGUAGUUCAACAGGGAUUGUGACCACUACAGGCAGAGCUGGAAUUGUUUUUACUGUACCAACAGUAGCCACUAUCUUGAUGCCGACUACAACGUCAGCAACACUGCGUAUCGGGAGGGUCAGCCGGGCACUUGUCGGCUUUAUUCCGGUUCACAGUUCUGGAAACGAGAUCCAACCGACAGCGAAUUCCGAUUUGUUGACCACAAUCUAUCCAACUGGUCAGAUUCAAAAGUUGUACACGGCAGAAGGACUGGACUCUUCGAAAUCAUCACCGAGUCAGACACCACUUGGCUCCGGACUUCCAACUUUUCAAUGGCAAUUAACUGGGCCGUUUAAUGCAACGGCGCUUAACUCUAGCCAACCGGAUGGCUCUAGUAAUGCUAUGCAAGCAACAAACCUAACGGAUCCUACACUGGCCACGUUUAGUGGACAGAUGUACAGCGGCAAUCAAACCGAUCAUACCGUUGACUUUUGGGGCUCCCAGUACUCCACUACUGGCAACGAUCAAGAACCAACGCUCUCGUGGAUGAUAGACGCUGUACGCGGCACCACUGUAAACGACACGGAAGAAGUGCAUGUUCUACAACUAAACCAGACAAUUUUAAAUUCAUCUCUUGAUGCCAACAUGUCAUCAACGGUGUACGUAGUAAACCUAACGGACAUUCUCACCGCAAUGGCUAAUAAUGGAUCGGCUAUCGCGGCCAGCGCAAGCGUUUCCAAUAUUCACACUCUGGAAAUCGGGGAUUCGGUCUCCAGCCCGUUUAAUUCAAAUAUAUCAAACAAUUCCGCUAUUAUGGAUAUGUUUGGAAAUAUUUUGACUGACUCCGCUGGAAACGUUACCAACAUGAGUAUCGAGACAUGGACGUUACCGGUUAAUAUGGACAUGUGGAUGAACGCAUCAGAUGCCGGCAAUACCACAUCUACUAAUGACACCUCUCUUGAUCCCAACAACUUUUGGGGUACUACCACGAAGGCUUUACGCACUGACAGUACAUCCAACAGCGUAACCCUGCCACCUUCUCCGGAUAUUCUUUUGGGCGCCAUGCCCUCGCGUAAUUUUUCCUCCGGUUUGGAAACAGCAUCUUCUACUUUUGGGAAAUCUGUUGGCAGUAACACAGGAACGUUUGUAUUCGCCUUUAUUCCCGAUGGAAACAGACCUAUAUUACCUACCUAUACAAAUUUGAACGCACUGCUGUUGGCUCUACAAUCAACGUUACGUGACCGGCUUAACACCACUUCUACCGAUGCACCCACCGGUGCACCCACGGAUGCGCCAACUGUAAUAUCAGCCACACUGGCUAACCGGCUAACUUUGGGACCACUGAGGGAUUUUUCUGGAUCAUUUCAACCGAACAUGUCAACAGCCCUGCCAAUGCUGCCGGAACUUGCAUCCAGUGUCGCCUCGGACGAUGACAACCACAAUUUAACGUUAACCACUGACGGCUCUCAGUAUACAGAUGCGAUAUUAAUUUCGACGGCAAAUGCAACAUUACAGUUUGCGCUGGAUACAGCAAAUGUGACUCUGAUUAAUGCUACCGUGGUUAAUAUUACUUCAGUUUAAGAAUUUCAAAUGAUGUUUUUCACUGAAUGCUUUUUAAUUUUGAACAGCGCUGGAGUUUUCAUAUAAUUUUUACCCAAUGCAAAUGCUAAAAAAUUUAUGUACCUAAAUAAAAACAAAACAAAC